UUCAACAUGGACACCAGUAGAAGUUCACAAAUUAAGACAGCCAUAGAACGCAUAUCAGAGUCAGUGUUUGUCGGACUGUGUCGUAAAGUGGGGACAUCACAACAGGUGGCCAUGAGGAGAGAUAUGAUGGACAUCAAGUUUAUGGUGCAAAAUCAAGUGACAAGUGAAGAAUCCAGUGUAAUGGUGAGUGGAAGUCAAAGAGAAGGAUUCAGACUGAAAGGAUCAGAUGAAGACUACAUGAUCUGGCCAAAUAAUCACCGUGUGAUCUGGAAAUUAUCUCAGUCUCAGUUUUACAACACACACAGACAAACACUGAUCCUCUGUGACUUUUCGGAUAGUCCACCAGGAUUCACUUUGUUAUAUUUACUGUCACCAAGCAUGGACAGAGACAUUCAGAGAGCAUGUGUUAGAAUGAAUAACAAACUUUAUAUAUCUAGUUCUAUAUAUAGAAAGAUCAAAAUAUGUUCUGCAUCAAUAAGUAAGACAACUCAACAUGGACCCUGUGCCAGUGGAACAUAUUUAACACUAGAAUAUGAUUAUGCCUACUGUUUUGUUUGUGACUUUUGGCCUCCAACUGCCUCUUCAUGGAUAGACAGAUGUCACUCAUGGCCCCAACCUCAUAUUGUUGAUGAUAUAGUAAAAAAUGGAUGUCACUUUGUAGCAAUUGGACAUAAGCUAGGAAAUCAUGAAGAUCAUGAAUGGAGAAUUUCUUCUUCUCUGGCUGAACAAAAACUAGUGAAUUCAAUGAACCACUGUCAAUUCUUAACUUAUGGCUUGCUUAAAUUGUUCUUAGCGGAAAUAAUUAACAAUGGACUGAAUGAAUAUGAUAAAUUACUGUGUUCCUAUCACAUGAAGACAACAGUUUUCUGGGUGAUUCAACAAAAUACAAUAUCUCACUGGUGUCCACAAAAUCUCUUGGUGUGUUUCUGGGUCUGUUUCAAACUCAUCCUCAAAUGGGUGUAUGAGGGGGUCUGUCCUAACUUUUUCAUUCCUGAUAACAACAUGUUUCUGAGUAAAAUUCACGGUGUCAAACAUCAAAUAUUUAUGAGACUGUAUGGGUUGUAUGAGAAGGGUUUAGCAUUCCUGCUACACAGUCCCUCCAUUAGGUCUUAUAUUAUUAAUGUCCUCCAUAGCCCAAGACUCUCCAUCUGUACAGAUGAUCUUACUCUGAGUUCUGAGGCUGAGUUUGAUGUAAACCUAUUUCUUGAAGUAAGAAGAUAUGACACAUUAAACGAAUUAGACCUACAAAGAUGUGUGAUACAUCUUUAUACAAUAGAACAGAUGAUAGGUUCACUCCUCCUGACACAGUAUCAAAUCAUAGUGCUACAGAAACAUACAGCUUCUGUCCUUCAGAAAACUGCAUUUAUAUUAUACAUGAAAACAUACACACAUAAAAACAAGCUGAGGUAUAGAGCUGACAAAAUCUCCUGUCGCAUGCUGAAAAUAGCAGCCAAAUUUGGUUGUAUAACUGACAUGAUAUACAUAGCCAUGUAUUAUUACAAGACACUUAGAUACAUGGAAGCUUUAUCUAUUAUAGAGAUGAUCAAGGUCAAGUUAGCACAGCCAUAUUUGAUGUAUAGGUAUAAUAUAGAUAAAGAAAUGUAUACUUAGUUAACAGUUUUAGGGGGACAGUCCUGGUCUACUAAGAUGAGACAGGCUGUAGCAUGGGAAAUCAAACUUCAAAAUAAAAUACAUUAUAUCAGUGAAUUGAUACCAGAACAACAGUCUGCUCUUCAGAAUGAGGAGUCUGCAUUAGAUUUUCCACCCUUUAUACUGUUUUACAUGCUAGAGAUCUUAUGCUACAGACAUGUGGACACAAUGAGAGUACAAACAGCUCUAGAUGAUCUACAGACCCUAGUUCACUAUGAUCAGGAUCAGCUUAUACCUUCUUAUCUCAGAGACAUAUCGUGGCAGAUUCUGGGGAUCUGUCAACAGGUGACAGGGAACCUCCAGGCUGCUCUAUACUCAUACCAACAAUCUCUCAGACAAGAGCCAUUCAACAAUAUACAAACAGCUACACUUAUGAGAAUGGAGCAAUGAGGU